AUGGCGAUGAUGAUGGCUGGCCGUGUGCUGCUGGUGUGUGCCCUCUGCGUGCUGUGGUCCGUUCCGGCCGAUGGAGAUAUUGUUGUUGUUUCUGGUGGGGAGGACAACAUUCUGAAAGAAUUAUUUAUUCCAGUUGCGAGAUUGCAGUUAAGACGAGAACAAGGAGCAGCAGAAGCAACAGCUGACGCAAAGGCAGCAGCAGAAACAGCAGCAAAAGAAGCAGAGGCAGCAGCAGAAGCAGCAAAGGCAGCAGCAGAGACAGCAGCAGAGGCAGCGGCAGAAGCAGCAAAGGCAGCAGCAGAAGCAACUGAAUCAGCAGCAACAAACGCAACGACAGCAUCAGAAGCAGCAACAAAAGCAAAAGCAGCAGCAACAAAAGCAAAGGCAGCAGCAGAGGCAACAGAAACGGCAGCAGAAGCGGCAGAAGCAGCAAAGGCAGCAGCAACGGCAGCAGCAACGGCAACAGAAGCGGCAGAAGCAGCAAAGGCAGCAGCAGAUGCAGCAGCAGAGGCAGCAAAGGCAGCGGCAGAGGCAGCAGCAGAAGCAGCAGAAGCAGGAGAAGCAGCAGUACAUGCAGAUGCAGCAAUAAUAUUAGCAACAUCAGCAGCAGAAGCAGCAAAAGAAGCAGCAGAAAAGGCAGCAAAAGCAAAAGCAGCAGCAGAAACAGCCGAAGCAAAAGCAGCAGCAGCAGCAGCAGAAAAAGCAGCAGCAACGGAAGCGGACGCAAAAGCAGCAGCUGCAAAGACACCAGAGGCAGCAGCAGAAGCACUGCGAGGUACAGGAGUCGGAGAAGACGAGGUAAAAAAAGCAACACAUGAUCAGGAUAAUUCAGUCGAACACCAUUCUGGAGAAAAACAAGAGCUUAUAAAAGAAGAGGAACGACAAGAAAAAGAACAGCAUGAAAAGCAGCAACACCAACAGCGUGAAAAUUCCGCAGGAAAUGGUGAAGAAUCCGCGAAAGACAACACUGCUAAUGGUACAAAUGCAACCGCAAUUAAGGACUACAGUGACAGCAGCACCGCGGUCUCCCACACCACCUCCCCUCUUUUGCUUCUUCUUGUUGCGUGUGCGGCUGCUGCUGCGGUGGCGGUGGCCGCGUUAGAGUGA